AAAAUUAAGUUCAUAACACCAAACACAACAAUGGUCGUAGUAAUACAUGUGCCGCUGGGGUGGAAUAUCUGCAUUGAUAUUAUCUAUUCUUGUUCCAUUUUUGAUUUCGUUUUUGUCAAUAAAAUUAUAAAGUUAAUUAUUCCGAGAUACUGAAUACAUUAUUGUUUUUUAUUAACGUUAUGGUUAUUAUAUUACUUGCUAUGAAACAAGUCCCAUCUACCUGAUAUGAUACUUGAAACCUAGCUAGCUAGGCCAGUUAAAUGUCUACAAAAAAACAUAUUUCUACCACAGAUGCGUUAAAGUUGAUUGAACAGCUUCAAAAUUUUGUAGUACAGAGGAAUGAAAUAAUAGAGGGGCUUAAUAUUAAAAUUAAACAUCUUGAAAAGGAGCGUGAUGUUUUGAAGCAAGAGAUUAAAGUAAUGAAAGCAGCUCAAGGAAAGAAAAGUAAUAUGACUGCUGAAAAGAAUCUUGAAGGCAAAGUAGUAACUGAUCCACUGUUAAACAAAGACUCUCCAAUGUUGUUAGCUGAUACAAGUUUAGAAUCAAUAGCUUCUACAGGCUGUGACUCAGGUGUUAGUAUGUCAAACAGGGAAGUUGCGUCGUGCGGAGAAAGCACAGCAUAUCAUCUUGUUGACGAGAAACGAGAUGUUAACUCAGCCCAAUCCCAAGUACCUGUCAUAUUUUCUCCGUCAAAAAAGCUGAUUGCAAAACGGUCUUCCUCUAGGCGACACCAUAGAUCAAGUAGUGGAAGUUUUUAUGAAUUAUCGACAGACUUACGAGAAAAAACUAUUGAGUGUUUAGAAAAUAAAUAUGGUGGCAAAGAGAAAGCAAACGCUGCAGCAAAAACUAUACAACAGUCCUACCGUCAUUGGGUUCUGAGUAGAAGUUUUUUACGAAUGAGGGCAUUCUCUGGCAGAAAACGUUCUUUAACUUUGCCUGCAAAAAACUUUGAACUCCUGAAAAAGGAAUCAUUAGUAGUUUAUGGACCAGACAAUCCUGUUAUGAUUGUUGAUGACAAUAUUGUAGACACUUCUCCGCCUGUACGGAGAAAGUUGUCAGCUGAUUGUGUACGAACUAAAGAACCACCCAAUAUUGCAGAUUUAGUUGACAUGAAAAAUUUAAGACUAGAAUCAAAUAGUACAGACAGUGAUGACUCUGCAGAUGAAAAACCAAAUAAUCUAAGUGGUUACUUAAUCGAGAACCACUUUUCAGAACAUGAAGAAAAGGAUGUAGUUGAUGCAGUUCAAUCUGCUGAAACAUCAAAUAAUGCAGUUCAAGAAGAAAAACCAACUGUAAAAAGAAAUACGUCAAGAACGUCUUCUGGAAGUUCUGAUAAUUACGACAUCAUUGAUGAUUCAAAUGUGAUCACUGUAGAGGGAAAACAUGUCGAUUUAGUAGAUGGGUCAAGUUUUCUAGUGGACAAAAUUCACAACCAUGAUUUUGCAGAUGGCAUGUGUUUCAGUACACAAAAAGAAUAUGAUCCUAUUGUUGAUAACUCUGCCCAUAAAAGACAAUUUCGAAUCGGUGUAAACUUAUUUAAUUGGAAGCCAGAAGUGGGAAUUCAAUACUUAAUCGACAAUCAGAUGUUGGGUAAUGACGUGACUUCGAUUGCAGAAUUUUUACGCAAAGAAACUACUAUAUCGAAGCAGAAAAUUUCAGAGUACUUCGGAAAUUUACGUAAUGAGUUCAACAAUCAAGUUUUAUUGGAUUUUGCCAAAUCAUUUGACUUUGUUGAAAAGGAUGUGGAUGAAGCAUUGCGACAAUUCCAAUCCUAUUUUAAAUUGACUGGUGAAGCUCAAACAGUGGAAAAAUUUUUGCAGGUAUUUGCAAACCGUUACGUUGAUUGUAAUCCUGGGAAGUUUGCAGGGAACUCGGAUACAAUCUUACUGUUAGCUUUUGCUCUUGCUAUGCUCAAUACAGACUUGCACAAUCAAAAUGUCAAAAGACGGAUGACACAAGAAGAGUUUUUAAAAAAUUUGCGUGGCACUGACAAUGGAAAUGACAUAGAUCAGAACAUGCUACGAAAUAUGUACAACAGAAUUCAAAGGAAUGAGUUUGCUACUGGUGCUGACCAUACAACACAACUUCAUCAAAUCGAAAAUAGCUUUGUUGGGAAAGUUCCUAGUUUGGCUGCAACUCAUCGACAAUUUGUCAAAUUGUUUACCGUUGAAGAAGUGAACGACCCAAGUCGAAAAGAGAAACCACACAACAGGCUUGCCUUUCUUUUCAAUGAUUUGAUCUUACUUGCGAAACCAAGAGGAAAGUCAGGUGCGCAUGGCAGCAGUGGACAUAUAUUCAGCUGCAAGUCAUCGUAUACUCUGUUAAACAUGAGAGUAGCCGAAUUUAGUAACGAAUAUUAUUCGCAUGGUGUUUUACUGGUCAACAAACUGGACAACAAGGCUGUUGCUACCUUUAAUACAAAAGAUGAAACAAUGAAAAAAAUGUUUGUGGAACAAUUAGAUGAAUAUAUCAGAGAGACAAAUGGAAUGGAAAGUAUCCGCAUUACUCUCAGUAACACGAAACAGUUAACGUGGCAUAACAAACGUCGUAAGGACGACAAUCGCACGAAGUCUCUUAUCAUAACUACCGAAAGUAAACUCACGCAUAAACCUGAAGCAAGCAGCUUAUUGGACCUAAGAAUGGGUAGUUCUCUCGAGGCUGAAGAUGUUGAACGUGGUAACGCAAAUGAAAAUUCUGGUCAGCUAAUAUCGUCUGCAUCGAUGGGUGAUAUCAACGAAGCAAACAUAGAUGAGGGACCUGGGUAUGACACCAUAGUUCGUUCCAACAGCAGUAGUUCACUGGAUCCAGGUGUACUUUCGUCGAAUACUAGCCAUACUAGCCAGCAUACGCACGGUUUAUUACGAGCAUCGACCAUAAAAAAAUCGAUGCAUAUAUUUGGUAACUGGACCACGAAAAUUCGAAAAUCCCCGAGUGUUUCGCAUCACGAUCGAAAUACAACUCAUCAAAAGAGAAACAAAACACCAUCACCGACGACGAAGCGAGGAAAGUCGCAGUCGUUACUCGAAACUAAUACCAAUUCCCUGCCGGCGCAAGAAUGAACACAAGCCUCGUUAUUAAUGUGAAGUCGCGUUAUGUUUGCAUAAGUUACACUGUGCUAGCUGUGUAUACUUUUCAUCAAGUAGUUGCUUCUUUUUCCACUUUUUUGUAAUUUUUUUUUUAAGUGUUGUAGUGUUAACGAAAAAGGACUAUCGAUUUACGGUAUUGCGAAAAGACUUGUUUUUUUUAAGUGUAAAUUAAAUGUAGACUUGUGUGAGUGCGAGUAAUUGUAAUUUGGUCUACUAACCCGUGACAGCCUAAACCCUCGUAAAAUAAUUUAAAACCAUAGUCCGUACACUUGUAAGAUAAAAUACUCGCAACGUGAUGCCGUAUUCUAUUAACUUAACACGAGUGCCGCAAGUAAGAGCUCGUUUUUUUGCUAUAUACAAAUACACUGUUUUUGGUCAAUAAUACUUAGUGACAAAGAACUUUUAUUGUUGUGCUUUCUUUUACGUGUUUUUUUUUUUUUUUUUUUUUUUUUUUUUGUCGUUCAGUUUCAGUUAGUUUUUUACAUAUUUCAAUCUCUUUUAUGUAAUGUGAUGUGCGGUCUAAUGUCACUUAAAAGUAUAUCUAUAAAACAAACUAUUGUUUACUAAUAGAAAGUAAAUAUAUUCCAUUUGUAUCUUCUAGUAAGUAUGUACGUAAAGUUUGUUCCCAGGCCUUUAUGCCCCUAUAAUGUCCAAACAACAUUUUACGGUCUAGGGACAAAGUUUAUAGUUUAUAGUUCGCGUUUUUUAUAAAUAAUGACAAAUCUUUUCUUUUUGGAAUUUGUAUAUGAUGUUAAUAAUAUUUAGGUGUUUUCGAAGCUUGUUACGAUACCCUUCUUAAAGCGCCAAUUA